AUGGAUAGACUAAAUGACUCUGUGGUCACUGAGCUUGUAUUGCUGGCCCUUUCUUGUUCAUCAGAGACAAAAUUUGCCCUUAUCUUGACAUGCUCUUUGCUCUAUUUAGGGAUCUUCCUGGGAAACCUUCUCAUUUUGUUUUUGGUGAUUUUUGAUUCCCACUUACAUUCCCCCAUGUACUUCCUGCUGGCCAACCUGUCCCUCAUUGACGUGGGCCUUUCCUCUACCACAGUCCCCAAGAUAAUAACAGAUCUUUUAAAUGACUUUAAAGUGAUUUCUUUUCGAGGUUGUAUGGCACAGAUAUGCUUCAUUCACACCAUAGGAGGAGUGGAGAUGGUGCUGCUCAUAGCCAUGGCGUUUGACAGGUACAUGGCAAUCUGCAAGCCUCUUCACUACUUGAAAAUCAUGAGCCCUAAGACUUGUGCUUCAUUUUGCAUCACUGCCUGGGUGACUGGUGUGGUCCAUGCUAUGUCUCAAUUUGCUUUUGUUAUAAACCUACCUUUUUGUGGUCCCAAUAAAUUAGACAGCUUUUAUUGUGACUUUCCCAAGAUCAUAAAGCUUGCAUGCAUAGAUGGUUACAAAUAUGAAUUUAUUAUUUCUGCCAAUAGUGGAUUCAUGACCAUGGGCACCUUCUUCCUGCUGAUCAUUUCUUAUAUAUUCAUUUUGGUCACUGUCUGGAAACGUUCUUCAGGGGACUUAACAAAGGCAUUUGUCACAUUAUCAGCUCACAUCACUGUGGUUUUUUUGUUUUUCAUUCCAUGUAUGUUUCUCUAUGUGUGGCCAUCACCCCCACCAUCAAUUGAUAAAAAUCUGUUCAUCGUGGAUUUUGCCAUCACCCCUGUUUUGAAUCCUGCCAUCUAUACUUUAAGGAACAAAGAAAUAAAGACAGCAGUUAAAAGAUUAAACAAAAAAAAAAUCUUUUGCUAA